GGAGGGUCAGCUCAAAGGCAAGGUUACCUUCUCCCCAUAGUUGGAUUCAUGUCCCUCUAGAUAUCCUGCAGCAGUUUGCUGUCAUUCCUCUGUUUGCUGUAUAGUUUUGUAGCAUUGAUUGACAGCCAUGUCGAAGACCUCAUACCUGGUUCUGGAGAACUACAUCGGAGGGAAGUUUGUCCCUUCUCGGAGUCAUAUCGACUCAUACGACCCGUCCACCGGAGAGGUGUACUGCAAAGUCCCUGACAGCGGUGAGGAGGAGGUGGAGGCAGCGGUGGCUGCAGCUAAAGAAGCCUUCCCCGGGUGGUCUGACCGCAGUCCAGAGCAGCGAGCACAGGUCCUCAACAAGCUGGCUGACCUGAUGGAAGCUAACCUGGAGGAGUUUGCCCAAGCUGAGUCCAGAGACCAAGGUAAAACGAUAACAUUGGCACGGACUCUGGACAUUCCCCGAUCAGUGCACAACUUCCGCUUCUUUGCAUCAUCGGUGCGCCACCACACCACUGAUUGUAGCCAGAUGGAUCACAUGGGCUGCCUAAACUACACUAUCCGCUGCCCUGUGGGAGUGGCUGGUCUCAUCAGCCCCUGGAAUCUCCCCCUGUACUUGCUCACCUGGAAGAUUGCACCUGCAAUUGCUACAGGCAACACAGUGGUGGCAAAACCCAGUGAGAUGACCUCUGUGACCGCAUGGAUGAUGUGCAAGUUGAUGAAGCAGGCUGGUGUUCCUCCAGGAGUAGUCAACAUUGUAUUUGGCACUGGGCCGAGAGCAGGCAACGCACUCGUUGGCCAUCCUGACGUCCCAUUGAUUUCCUUCACUGGCUCCACGGCAACUGCCCAACACAUCACAGAGAGGAGUGCCCCCUACUGUAAGAAGCUCUCGCUGGAGCUGGGAGGUAAAAACCCUGCCAUUAUUUUUGCUGAUGCAGACCUGGAUCAGUGCAUCGAGACCACGGUUCGCUCCAGCUUCUCCAACCAGGGAGAAAUCUGCCUGUGCACCAGUAGGAUUUAUGUAGAGAGGAGUAUUUACGCUGCAUUCCUGGAAAGGUUUGUGGCUGCAACUAAGAAGUGGAAGACAGGUGUGCCCUCUGACCCCAACAACAACAACGGCGCGCUGAUCAGCAAAGAGCACCUGGAGAAGGUUCGAAGCUUUGUAGCUCUCGCCAAGUCUGAAGGUGGCAUCAUCCACUGCGGUGAAGGGGUUGACCAGCUGGACCUCCCUGAGCGCAACAGCAACGGCUACUUUAUGCCAGCCACCGUCAUCUCGGGUAUAUCUGACAGCUCCCGCAUCAUGCAGGAGGAGAUCUUCGGCCCUGUCACCUGCGUCAGCCCCUUUGACACAGAGGAUGAGGCUGUUGCUAAGGGCAACGGCGUGCGCUACGGUCUGAGUGCCACCGUGUGGUCCCGGGACGUGGGGAAGGUUCACCGGAUGGCCAAGCGGUUACAGGCUGGUCUGGUGUGGACCAACUGCUGGCUUGUGAGAGAUCUGAACCUACCUUUUGGAGGGAUGAAGAACUCUGGUGUGGGCAGGGAGGGAGGGAAGGAUUCCUACCACUUCUUCACUGAGGUGAAGAGUGUCACGAUCAAACACUGAGGGAGGAAAGGAAGAUGGCAGCAGUGGCAAGUAUGGAGAAAAAAACAAAAAACAUAUUCUGUUAGAAGCAGGUACAGAAAUGUGGAGAAAAUUGCAGGUAAUCUUGACAUUCAUCAACCUCUGCCAGCAACUUUCAACAACAACUUUCUCCACCUACCCUCUUGGAUUACUGGAGCCUGUAAUAAAGUCAUAUUUGUAGAAUACAAAAAUCAAUGGAACAAUAUAGAUGAAUAAACCAGUAGAGAUCCAAUAGAAAUAUCUAAUGAAGAGUGGAUAUAUCACAAUUCAAAACACGGUAAUAUUCAUACUUUUUCAUCAACUAGUUGCUGAAUAUUUUAUACCAUCAUCCGCUACUGUUGAGCUGGUGAAAAAGUGCAGACCAGACAAGGUGGAUCCAGAUAAGGCAGGUGCGUGUCCUAUUGCUGACGGUUCAGGAUGUACCAUAAUAAAGAAAUACAUUUGAAUACAAAGUGUCAUGGUACAGCAUGUGCCUACGGCUAACUAAAUCCAGAUUCCAAAUCAGUUCAACACCUGAUGACUGUAUUGGCAUUUGGUUGAAAGAUGUUUUGUAACAUGUACUGUGUUGUCCCACAUUAAAAACACCUUAUAUAAGUGA